AUCGGAUACGUAUUUCAUUAACUUUUGCUCUAGGGGGACACGUGGCAUCGAAUACGAGGCGGAAAUCGAUUCUAGUAGACUUAACUGGAUAUAAGCGCCGCCGGAAGUUGCCGACAGGGAAGCAUCUUGCUGUGCACUACCGGUUGGCUAAUGUCAACACCGUGUUCGGAGCCGCGUCUGUAAAGCCGUUAGCUAGUUUAGCGUGUUGCUAACCGACGUAGUAAAACUGUAGCUACACUUUGCACACAAAAGCCCGCGGGUUGUCUGUCUGUUUGAUGCCAGCAAGUGUGGUUAUCACAGCCGUCGCCGCUUUGAAUCAAGAGGCUACUCCCCGAGGAUGCACGUGCAGAGAGUCGUUCUCAACUCGCGUCCAGGCACGAACGGGGCGCCAGGUCCGGAAAAUUUCCGCCUGGAGGAGUCAACUUUAGCGCCUGACCUGAAGGAUGGGGAGGCCCUCGUUCGGACGCUGUACCUCUCAGUCGACCCUUACAUGCGAUGCAGAAUGAACGAAGACACCGGUGCCCAUUACCUGACCCCGUGGCAGCUGUCCGAGUGUGUGGAUGGCGGGGGCGUCGGAGUGGUCGAGUCCAGCCGCUGCGGCACCUGCGCCGAGGGGGAUGUGGUCACCUCGUUCAGCUGGCCCUGGCAGACCCGCGCCGUGCUGAAAGGCGCCGUCUUGCAGAAGGUGGAUCCACAGUUGGCUGGCGGGCACUUGUCCUACCUUUUGGGCGCAGUUGGCAUGACGGGCCUCACUGCAAUGCUGGGCGUGAGGGAGAAGGGUCACGUGACCAAAGGGGCCAAUCAGACCAUGGUGGUGAGCGGCGCUGCUGGGGCCUGUGGCUCCAUAGCCGGACAGAUCGGCAGGCUGGACGGCUGUGCGAGGGUUGUCGGGAUCUGCGGAUCCGAUGAGAAGUGCAGAGCUUUAGUGGAGGAUCUGGGCUUCUCUGCCGCCGUCAACUAUCGCCGAGAGGAUGUUCCGACAAGGCUGAAGGAAUGUUGCCCCGAAGGUGUUGAUGUUUACUUUGACAACGUGGGAGGUGCCAUCAGUGAUACUGUAAUAGCGCAGAUGAACAAUGGCGGCCAUGUGAUCUUGUGUGGGCAGAUCUCCCAAUACAACAAGGAUGUGCCGUAUCCGCCACCUUUAAGCGAGGAGACACAGGAAACACUGCGGAGAAAGAGCAUCACCCGAGAGAGAUUUAUGGUGCUCGACUACAUGAGCAAAGCAGACGCUGCUCUCUGUGAGCUCAGCCAGUGCGUUAAAUCAGGCCAAAUCAAGGUGCUGGAAACUGUGGUGAAUGGCAUCGAAAAUAUGGGCGAUGCAUUUUCCUCCAUGAUGAAAGGGGGAAACAUUGGCAAGCAAAUUAUAAAGAUAUCAGAGUGAUGAUAUAGUGAGUUAGUUUCCAGUAGCAACAUCUCUCACUAGAGAUUAACCCACAGUGGCCUAUUUAUCACUACCAUUAACUAAAUGAACUCUAAUAAGAUUGUACUGAUAAGCCAAUGCCAGUUGAUUACUGUCAUAACCCAGAAAUCACAUCAUGUCCUCAGAAUUUGUGAUCUGAACAAAAAACGCCCCUGAAUGUUAAAUUAUGUAUCAAAGACCUGAAGACAAAGUAUAUAUGAUUUACUGUAAUGAACAUUUUUUAUUCCACAGCACUAUAAACCAUUAAUAAAAUUAAAAUUGUGGUUGGCUCGUAAGUUCAGUUGUCACAAGAAAAAUAUGUGGCAGGCCUUUAAAAUCAUCUUCAUUCAUAUGCUUCAGUUUGAACACAAGAGGGGAUGUAGAAUAAGUAAGGUGAACACCAGUACAUCACUCUUACACUAUAUUCCUUUUCUAGAGGUGUAGUGACAGUAAAGUCAUCGCCCGUUCUUCUUGUCAAGUCAAUGAACAGCACAAAACAAUCACAACCAGAUUUAUCGUAAACUGUGAACUUUCCUGCAAAAAGAAGAAAAAAAACAACAGUCCCAUGCACAAUAGGGAGAGGGAGGUGAGAUGCUGCACAGUCAUAAUACAUCUUUCCAUUCAAUACUGCCUCCAUGUGGACAGGUUAUAGCAUUGUGAGAGGUACAGAGCAUUGUUGGAGAUGAACUCUCCAAUAAUAAAAAUAAAAUGCAUAAAAAAAAAA